AACCCACACAGCCCCAGGCUGGCGGGGUACCUUGAUGGAGUGAGAUCCUUGCUGAGAUCCGCGCGUCUCAGCCGGGGAGCACCCGGCCCUGUGCCCCCCCCCCGCCCCGUGGCCACUCGCUUUGCGGCGCCCGCCUGGGAUGGCGUUGCCUGUCGCGGGGGCCUGGCGGCGCCCCCGAGCCUCUGCCUGAGUCCCCAUGGCACCUGCCCUCCGUGGGGGCAGUGAGGGGUCAGGGAGCCGCCCAGCGACAAGUCUGAUGAAAGGAUCAGAGAAGGACUGUCAGACCUAUGUGGGCAUUUGUAUUUCAAGUAUGGACCCAGUGUCUGGAUUAAAUACCUAUUCAGAGAGUUGAAGCUCCAGCAAGAAGUUUGAAAAUCAUACUCCUUGAUAUAACUGUAUCUGUAACUGUCCCUGUUGAAGUCCCCAGAGCUCCAGCCGGAACUGAGGCACUAGCAGACUGGGACUUCAGAGACCUCAGGGACUUCUUUCGGUCCUCACGGAAACCUCCUAGCCUUGGUGAUGGCACACGGGGACUAUUUACUUACUCUUAGUCUGAAUGACUGCUGGGGAGGAAGGCAGACAUAGAGCAGCCGGAUCUCUGGCUCUCCCCACACUUCUAAUCUCAGACUUGAUUAAACUCCUUUCUGAGCCCAAGGACGAAGCUCACUUGAACAAAUGACUUUGAGUCAUGAAUGAAAACUCUUGCUCUUUCCAUGACGAGAAAGAAUUAAGAGAUGGACAGGUUGAAAGUGUGUGUGCUACGUAUCCUUCACCAUAUGACAAGGACACCAGUGCUCUUCGGGCUCUCAGAGGAAUUCCUAUCUCAGAAUUGAAGAACCGUGGUGUCCUCCGGGCCCUGACAGCAGAAGCAAAUGGAUGGGAGCCAGCUGUUGUGAGUGCCGAGGUGCUCAGAGCCCAAGAAGAAUGGGAAGCUGUGGACAACAUCCAGACAGAGACAGGGAGCCAGGCCAGCGCGGACCAGCCUGGGCAGCUGAUCUCCUUCAGCGAGGCUCUGCAGCAUUUCCAGACUGUGGACCUCUCUUCCUUCAAGAAAAGAAUCCAGCCAACUAUUCGAAGGACAGGGCUCGCUGCCCUCCGGCACUGCCUCUUCGGGCCUCCGAAGCUCCACCAGGGCCUCCGAGAAGAAAGGGAUUUGGUCCUGACCAUUGCUCAGUGUGGCCUGGAUAGCCAAGACCCAGUGCAUGGCCGAGUCCUCCAGACCAUCUACAGGAAGCUGACUGGCUCCAAGUUUGACUGUGCCCUCCACGGAGACCACUGGGAAGAUCUGGGCUUUCAGGGAGCGAAUCCAGCCACAGACCUGAGAGGAGCAGGCUUCCUUGCCCUCCUACACCUGCUGUACCUGGUGAUGGACUCAAAGACCUUGCUGAUGGCCCAGGAGAUUUUCCGCCUGUCUCAUCACCAUAUCCAGCAAUUCCCAUUCUGUCUGAUGUCCGUGAAUAUCACCCGCAUCGCAAUCCAGGCAUUAAGGGAAGAGUGCCUCUCCAGGGAGUGUAACCGGCAGCAAAAGGUGAUCCCAGUGGUGAACAGUUUCUAUGCCGCCACCUUCCUCCGCCUCGCACACGUCUGGAGGACACAGCAGAAGACCAUCGCUGACUCUGGCUUUGUCCUCAAAGAGUUGGAGGUGUUGGCCAAGAAGAGCCCCAGGCGGCUGCUCAAGACCCUGGAAAUCUACCUGGCUGGAGUGACAAAGGGACAGGCCUCAUUGUUGGGAGCACAGAAGGGCUCUGGGCCUCAAGCCCCUCGCUCCAAGGAUCUCACCUUCACAGGCGUGUGUGACCUGCCACCACAUUCAUCCAAAGGCACGUGGCUGAUCUGAGCAGCCCAAGGCUGACAGACUUAAAGGCUGGGCCAGAGGGCCAUUGGGAAGGCGCAUGGCACAUUAUGCCCGGCGUACCCUGGCUGAACCUGGUCGGGGAAGCUAGACCCUCACCCACGUGAGACGUUAGGGAUAGUUAGCCCCACCCCACUCCCCUCAGCCCCGCCUCCAGAGCAAGAAUUUGCCAUAAUUGGAGUUGAGCUAGCUGAGAGUUGGUUUCCAGGUCAUCUCAACGAGCAGAUGGAUCAUGAGAUGGGAAGACCUUGCCUGGAUAUUCCCUGUAUCCCCACGCUGAAAGAUACCCCACGCAGAGGUGCCAGAAUUCUGACUCGCUGGGCAGCUGCGCUUUCAGGCCGUGGGUAUCCACAGGACAGGGAUCCUGUAGCUAGAAUUUGAAGGGAGAAGGUAGCCGUGGCAGCAGCCAACAGGGGGCAGCAUGAACCAGGGCAAGAGGCCUUCUCUCCCAGGCUGGUAGCCGGCCCCCUCUGGGGUUUCUGGUCUGUACUUAUCCCACCCUCCCCUCUCCCCAUCCUCAGCCCCGCUGUUUAUGACACAGAACUGGAUUUCUGAUAGGCAUCUCCAUUGCUGCCCAUCCCAACUGCCCACCAGCUGGGCACCCCCACCCUGAGGAGGUGUGUGGUUCCCAUCAGGGCUGGUUUUCUGGCCUGGUUGAAGGAAGGAGGAAAUUCACUCAGCAGCAGUUUUUGAAUAAAAAGAAUUGUUCUGGGCCAAGAGCCCAAGUGUUUCCCUCCAAGACAAGCCUUGCACCUUCCUGUGGCCCUGUUGUUCCAGGGCCUGGUGACAGCCAGGGGCUCCAGGAGAGGAGGCUGCAGUGCCCUGGCCAGGCCCCCACUCACUGUAUAUGGUGUCCAUCCUGCGCUUAGAGGCCGAGACUCCUUGCACACUCUAGCCAGGGGGCAGGGUGGCCUGGCUCUGUUAGGAUUGCUGUGAGGCCCCCACAUGUUUUUCCUACAUUGGCUUCUGGGGAAGCUCUUGCUCCAUCCCUCCCAGCCAGGGUAUCCUGAGCUGGGGAGACCCCAUGGCACUGCUUUCCUGUCCUCUGUACUCCGUCGGGUAGACCCACGGAAGACCACGGUCUCGCCCCUGCACGCUUCCCCAGGUCUAACCCACUGGAGCUGGGGUGCACUGCAGAAGCAGGAAGGCACAGAGCCGCCCCGGUAUGGCAGAGAACUCCCCACUGCUGUUAGCAGGAUGCCUCAGGAGCGGGGCUGGUAAUGGACUGCAGUUUGCCUUGUGCCAUCCUUCGUCCCCUUUACUUCCUCCAGUCGGGGUGCUUAGUGGGCCUGCAGGGGUGGCUGAGAGCUUCCUGGGCUUGGUGGGGCUGGGAUGCAGAAAGGCCACAGCUCCCACUUCAGAGUGUCAGUUCCAUAGCUCUUCUCCUGCAGAUUCCUUCCACUUGCUUUCAGACCAGAAGGCUAACUCCGCAGACCCAGAAGUGACUGCCCAGCCUGCACCACGGCCUGGGACCAGUCCCUGUGGGCUUCUAGCUGGAGGGGAGGCCAGUGGCCUCUGCAAGAGCCCUUUCUAACCAAGCCACUCCCUGUGUAAUGCCUCCAGAGUGCUCAGCUUCAGACCUUGGGACAUUAGCAACAACACAGUCCAGGGAUUAAGCUGUUGUUCUCUUGGGGAAGGGGGUUGGAGACCCUUUGAAAGUAGAUGCAAACAUUUUAACCUGUACAUUUUUCUUAGGAAGGGCCCACCUAGGCCUUCCACGAGAGAUGUAAAAUGCUUCACAGCCCUAAAAAAGUCAGAACCACGGACGUGGUACCCCCCUUCCUCUCUCUCCUCUGCAAAGCACCCCUGGCACAGGCCGUCUGGGUGGGCCGUCGGGUGGACCACCGCGCAGCUCUGCAGAGAAGACGGGGGCAUAUGUAGAGGAGCUGCUUUUCACGAAAGUGAGAUGGAUUGGUUAGAAUUUGUUGGGGAUGGAAGAAUCCAGCCAAUCAGAGCUCAGAAACCACAUAGCCUUUGGGGCCCAGGGGUAGGAGUGGGUCAGGGCAGCCACAGCUCGGCCCGGCCUCCCAAACUCCAGUCUGGACUUACCCAGCCUUGUACCUGCCCCCGGAUCACGCCCUCCCGGGUGGGAGCACUCUGGGCUACUCCGUUCUCCUCCUGUUCAGCUCUCAAGCCUCUCUGAUAGUCCAGCCACCACCCCAUGAUACGAGAGAAUGAACUAAGGCCUAGACAAGGAAAAGCAACUUGCCCAGGACGACAGAGAGGCAGGGUAACAUCCGAACCAGACUCCAACUCUCCACACUAGUCUGGGGCUUUCCCCAGCCCUACAGUGGCCCCGCACUCAUGGGCCUAACAUGACGCAAUGCAGCCAUGCAGUAACAAGCCAGACUUGUGUGCCGCGGCAAGCAGUUGUCCUCUUGGUCAGCAAGCGUGUGGCUCAGGAGCCGCCUCACGGCGGUUUCUCAGGCAGCUGAGGAAAUCCUGGCUCAAACAGCAAGGCGUCCUGAGCCUACUGCCCCAACCCCGUCCCCACUGGGGAUGUGUGAGUGAAGUGAACCCCUGGCUGCAAGCAAAGUCGAGGCCUGGUGCCAAGCCUCCUCCCCACCUGGUUCCCAGCAGUCACCGCCAGCCCUCUGGGAGCUCCGGGCUGAGUCUGCUCCGGCCGCUGGGCCCUCUCUGCCACAGCGCGUGGAUAAGCCCCGGUGGCUGGUGGGGGAGUGACGGUGAGCUCAGGGCAGGGGUGAGGACAGAGAGCUGGGAAAGCCCUCAUCUCCUUUAUUGAACAGCCUCAGGGGCACCUCCGCACUGACCAGGCAGCCAGAGGAGGAGAAAGCGGGCAGACGGGGGGCAGGGAGGCACCCACCCUCAUUUCCAGUCCUUGAAGAAUUGCUUGAAGAUGGGGCUCUCGC